CGGUGGGCGUGGCCGGCCUGAGGACACGUGGGGCGCUACCCUUGGGUCCCUCCGGCGCAAUGCGCUCAGUGCGGGCGCGCUACCUCGUGUAUUUCCAGUACGUGGGCACUGGUUUUAAGUACGUAUCCCGGCCUUCCCCCGACAUCCGUCACCUGGCUAGCAGGAAAGAUGCGACCCGGCCGGGGAGAGCUCGCGGGGGUUAAAUCCAGGGUCAGCGGGCAGACAGGGUGGCCCAGUGGAGUCGCUGCCGUCAGAGGCUCCCAACGUGCCAUUGGAGUGCAGAACUACCUGGAGCAGGAGGCCGCAGAGCGACUGAACUCAGUAGAGCCAGUCAGGUUCACCAUCUCCAGCCGUACCGAUGCGGGAGUGCACGCGCUGAGCAACACGGCACACCUGGAUGUCCAGCGCCGCCCGGGCCAGCCGCCCUUCUCACCCGAGGUGGUGGCCCAGGCCCUCAACACUCACCUGAGGCACCCAGCCAUCAGGGUUCUGCAGGUCUUCCGUGUGCCCAGUGACUUUCAUGCUCGCCAUGCAGCUACCUCUAGAACCUACCUGUACCGUCUGGCCACUGGCUGUCCUGGUCCUGACCAGCUGCCUGUGUUUGAGCGAAACCUUUGCUGGGCUCUUCGAACAGACUGUCUGGAUGUACCUGCCAUGCAGGAAGCUGCCCAGCACCUCCUGGGGACACAUGACUUCAGUGCCUUCCAGUCAGCUGGCAGCCCGGCUGCUAGCCCAGUUCGCACACUGCGCCGAGCCUCAGUAUCCCCUGGCCCCACCAGUCCCUUUGUCCUCCCCCAGGAAAACAGGAAGCUGCACUUCUGGACUCUGGAGUUCGAGAGCCAGUCUUUCCUGUACCGACAGGUGGGCUGUCCUGGGUCCUCCUGGGGUGGGCCAAGGCAGACCCCUGUAGCAGCUUCAUUCUGGGUUGCAGGUGCGAAGGAUGACAGCUGUGCUAGUGGCUGUGGGGCUCGGGGUUUUGACACCCACCCAGGUGAGGGUGAUUCUGGAGAGCCAAGAUCCCCUAGGCAAGUACCAGGCCCACCCUGCUCCAGCCCAUGGGCUGUUUCUGAAGUCAGUGCUGUAUGGAGGCCUCAGGGACCUUGGUCCUGCCUCCUGCACCCUGCAGGGUCCACAGUAUGGAAAUGAAGACCCUGGCCACAGAACCCUAGGUCUGGCUGUUGAAUCUGGUCAUCUUGAUCAAUAUACAUAGCACAUCCACCUCUUUUUGCUUCCUUUCAAUCUCAGCCUCCCCAGAGUCCCUGCCACCCUGGACCACCCCCCUCUGCCCUUGAGGAGGCUGACACAGAUUGGGGUGCAGGAAACAGGUGUAAGCACCCAAAUGUCCCUGGUUCUGCUUUUCCAGGAAUAUUACCCCUAUCUUCCAGGGGCCUGGGAGCAAGAAUAAAAGGUGAGGAGAC